UUCGUAAGUAUCACAGUCAAGAAUGAUGGUUGGUCAUUUUACAAUGCAUAGAUCGACAUCGACUCGACAGAUUAACGCACGCCUUCUGUGAUUCUGAUGGAUCAGGUGGUGGCGCUAUCUUAGAGGGCUAACACCCUGCACGUGCCCAUAUGUCGACUGCUUCAAAGGCACGCUAGUUAACAAAUGUGAACCUGCGCUUGAUUUUUAAGGAUGCCGGUCAGAAGAGGACACGUUGCACCCCACAAUACAUUUAUAGAUACUAUUAUUAGAAAAUUCGACAACUUGAAUCGCAGAUUUUUAGUUGCUAAUGCUCAGAUUGAUCUGUAUCCUAUUAUAUACUGCAAUGAUGGAUUCUGCGAACUGGUGGGUUAUACUCGAGGAGAGCUUAUGCAAAGAUCUUGUAUGUGCGAAUUCUUGCACGGUCCACUCACAAGCACACAAGCUAUCGGAAGUAUCCGUGAAACUCUGGCUGUUAAACAAGAACGACAGUUGGAAAUAUUAUACUAUCGAAAAGAUGGUACUAAGUUCUUGUGCAGUCAGGUGAUAGCACCGAUUAGAAACGAAGAUAAUUUUAUAUGCAUGUUUAUAAUGAAUUUUGAAGAUGUGACGGAUGCUCCUUAUCGAAAUGAAUUGCCGUUAUCGCCAUUCCCUUCUUCAUUGCGAAUUCUUGCAAGAUUUCCUAUUCUGGAGAAAUUAUUCACACCGUCCGGAGACAAAGAUCAAGCUGAUGAUUCUUCCAUUGGUUCCACUGCAUCACCAGAAGGAAAUCGUUUCUUCAAAUUCUUCAAACGUGGAAGACGAAAAACCAUCGAUUCUCAUGUCGAUAAGAUUCAAGCUGAUGGAAGAGCAAUUAUAAGUCCAGAUCAGGAAAUUGUUGCUAUGGAAACUAUAGCACGUGAUGAAAUAGAUGUGGUCUCGGAGAGCCAAAUUAGAGCAAUAAUACCACACACCGAUUUGACUCACGCAAUUGCACCUUCCUAUAUUCGAACUGGACCAAUAUCUGCAGUUAGUCAACCUGAUCUCACUGUCAUCGAAUAUGAACACCAACGUCCACGUGCUCUAACCAUCGACAUUGGACAAGCCACUGCGAAUAACUUAAAUAAAUCUUUACCAUUGGCAACUUCCGAUCCUGAUUUGGCAAGAUUUUUGGCAUACCAGUACGGAAAAUCCACAUCCAUAAGUAAUAUUGUAUCUGACAGUACGGGAAGAUGCAAAGAAAAUAACAACUCCUCCGCUACGUCUAAAUAUAUAUUGAAAGAAGUUCAUUCACAUAAACCACAUGUUGGAGAAAAGGUUGCACAGGUGCUGUCCCUCGGAGCUGACGUGUUGCCAGAGUACAAAUUGCAGAAGCCCAGAAUCCAUAAGUGGACGAUUCUUCAUUAUUCACCCUUUAAAGCCGUCUGGGAUUGGAUCGUAUUGUUAUUAGUAAUUUAUACUGCUAUAUUUACACCAUACGUAGCAGCGUUUUUGCUGAAUGAAGAAAAGCAGGGAACGAAACGCAAGAAGUACGGUGAAGAUCCUAUACAAGUGAUCGAUUUAAUUGUGGACGUUAUGUUUAUUAUAGAUAUUCUGAUUAAUUUCCGCACUACUUAUGUUAAUUCCAACGACGAAGUAGUAAGUCAUCCCGGAAAGAUUGCAGUGCAUUAUUUAAAGGGUUGGUUUAUUAUUGACGUAGUGGCAGCGAUUCCAUUUGAUCUUCUUCUUUUCGGAUCACAGACGGAUGAGACGACAACUUUGAUUGGGCUGCUGAAAACCGCGCGUCUCCUGCGAUUGGUACGAGUUGCACGUAAGAUAGACAGAUAUUCCGAAUAUGGUGCUGCUGUGCUGCUUCUUCUCGUGGCAACAUUUGCGCUGGUUGCCCAUUGGUUGGCCUGUAUAUGGUACGCCAUCGCCAAUGCCGAGCGUCCGAUUCUGAAUCCAAAAAUAGGUUGGCUCGACCAUCUGGCCAAUGAUACUCAACAGUACUAUAAUAAUUCACACGGUGGACCCAGCAUCAAGGCCAAGUAUGUCACUGCUCUUUACUUCACCUUCUCAAGUCUUACAAGUGUCGGAUUUGGAAACGUAUCUCCCAAUACCAACAUGGAGAAGAUAUUUUCCAUUCUGGUUAUGCUCAUUGGAUCACUCAUGUAUGCUAGCAUUUUUGGAAAUGUUUCUGCAAUUAUACAGAGAUUGUAUUCUGGAACAGCAAGAUAUCACACUCAAUUAUUACGAGUAAAAGAAUUCAUCAGGUUUCAUCAAAUUCCUAAUCCAUUAAGACAGAGAUUAGAAGAAUAUUUUCAGCAUGCUUGGACAUAUACUAAUGGUAUUGAUAUGAACAUGGUGCUCAAAGGUUUUCCUGACUGUCUACAAGCAGAUAUCUGUCUUCAUCUUAAUCGCAAUCUACUGAAUAAUUGCCCUGCAUUUAAAGGUGCCAGUCCAGGAUGUCUAAGAGCUCUUUCCAUGAAGUUUAAAACUACUCAUGCACCACCAGGCGACACAUUAGUUCAUCGAGGUGAUGUUCUUACUGCCCUGUAUUUUAUCUCUCGAGGAACUAUUGAAAUCUUGAAAGACGAUGUCGUUAUGGCUAUUGUGGGUAAGGAUGACAUAUUUGGUGAAAACCCUUGUAAGCAUCCAACUGUUGGAAAGUCCAACUGUAAUGUACGUGCCUUGACUUAUUGUGACCUUCACAAAAUUUUGAGAGAGGAUCUUCUUGAUGUACUCGAUAUGUACCCUGAAUUUUAUGAUGCCUUCUCUACCAAUUUAGAAAUAACUUUUAACCUCCGUGAUGAGGAUCAGGCUGGAGUUGAUCCGGAUUUAUUUCGCUCAAAACAAAUGCUAUGUCGACAGCCUAGUUCAACAGAAGAUGAGGAUCCAAGGAAACAUGCAUAUCAGUAUCCUAGACCUAGACGGAAACGUAGAAUGGGUCGUCAACUAUCAACAGAUGACGGUACUGGUUAUAGUGAUGAAGAUAGAAGGUAUAGUGGAACCGGUAUCCUGGAAUUUUCACCAGAUAAAGCUGGGUUAGAUGUGACUCCUGCCAAUGUUGAUUUUGCACAGAAAAAUGUUUCGGGACCAUUUAAUUCCAUAGCAGGUGCACUUGUAAAUGUGACUGCUUUAACUAGUGCAGUAUUUGGUGGAAUGGGAUCAGGCGAUAAAGGACAGUCCCGUUCUCCUAGUCCUGAUGUAAGAAGAGAAAAAAAUGAAACUCCAGUAGAAACAACAUCAAAUAAGUCCCGUCCUGUGUCUAAUUCAGUGGAACAAACAGAAAAUAAAGAAAAAACACCUUUACUGAAUGCUGCUGAACCAAUAUCAGAAAUAUCCUCUCCUGUUUCAACACAUGCCAUACCAACUUCCCAAACCGUCCCAGAUAAUGAAGAAGGACCACGACCAAGGUCUGGACCAGGACGCUUGGUCACUUCAACUAGAACACCUCCUAGAUCCAGCUCUAGUAUCACAAUCCCAUUAUCAUCCACCUCCCCUACUGGUCAAAGUGCUGGAGAUGUUUCAACAUCGCCUCAUCAACCCCCAUUUCCUCUACCAUCCUCUGGAACCCAUAAUCAAACAUUGGAAAUAAAAUUGGAACAUCUUAGUAGGCAAGUGAGAAAUGUCGAAGCUAGACUAACUGCUGACAUCCAAACUAUCAUGCAGUUAUUAACUCACCUUAUUCAGGUUGGAGCAAUACCAGGGGUUCCUGUGUGUCCUACUUUGUCCAAAAAUACUCCUUCAUCCACACUGUCGUCUUCAGAAAGUCCUUUGGAUGCUGUUUCUAUGUCGAGACCUAUAACACUUCAUCCUGGAGAUCCUACUAGAGGUAGAGGAUUUCGAAGAUCUGUUAGUCUACAGAGUACACCAUUGACAUUAGACAAUGCAGUUCUAAGGCCAGUGUUUCGCAGUUUUGAUAUACACAAUUGUAAAUCUGUUGGGGAAGAGCAUGAGGUAACAAACAAACAAGAACCUCCUCCUCAAACUGAUCAUCAUUCUAAAACUGUGCCUCCAACUCCAGCCGGAGAUAAAUGUUAUAUUGAACCACCCAGGAGUUUAUCACAACCUACUGAUUUGUCACAUUAAUUGAAAUAUAUUGAAUGUAAAACUUGCAAAUUUUCUUGUAUAAAAUACUAUUAGUCAUCAUCAAUGAAGAUCAGCUUUAAUAGAACAAUGUCCUUGGUCCAAUUGUACAGUCAAACCUCAGCUUUCAAACGACUCACUUUUCAAAUAAAUUGGUUCAUGAAUAGAAUGUCAAACUCUUAAUUGCAAGAGCCAGCCACAAAUGGUCAACUCUCUAUACUUUCUGUAUUAAAGAAAGUCGACAGCUUGACUAAUCAAUGACAAUCGAGGACUACUGAUUCAGAAGUUAGUGGUGCAAGAUCGCUUUGUGUCAUUUAGGGUUUCUCAUUUCCCAUUCUGGGAUUUCGAGAAAAAAGUGAUCUGUUUCCCGGGAUUCCAGGAUAUAAUUAAUUAUUUUUAAGAUAUAUCAUUCAAUUUUGAGAUCUAUUUUAUAAUUAUUUUUCAUUUUUUAAAUAAUUUAAUAUGUCCUGUGUAAAAUAUGUAUUAAA